UCCACAUUCAUUCAAUUAUUGCUUAUCACCAACAAAUUAUUCCACAACAAAUAUAUGUUGUGAGUCUCUCUCCCACUCAAAAAAUAAACGUUUCUGAAUAUGCUUCAAUCAACUCUCUGGUGCCUUUGGUUUUCAUGCCUCAUCUUUUUUCUCUUCUCUCAUCUAUCAUCAUCCGCCAUAGACUCUUUCAUCUAUGGCGGAUGCUCACAGCCACGGUUUACACCUGGCUCACCAUACGAGUCGAAUGUCAACUCUGUACUCACUUCCUUAGUCAACUCAGCUGCUUUUGCUAGGUUCAAUAACUUUAAGAUCUCGGUUCCUGGUUCCACCCAGUCUGACAUUGUAUAUGGACUAUUUCAGUGCAGAGGUGACCUUAGCACCUCUGACUGUAGAGAUUGUGUGGCCCACGCUGUCAGCCGACUUGGGGUCAUUUGCCCAAGCUCAACUGGCGGGGCCAUACAGUUAGAUGGUUGUUUUGUUAAAUAUGACGGGUCAUCAUUUUUAGGAGUUGACGACAAAACCGAGAUCUUCAAGAAGUGUGGGCCAUCGAUUGGUUAUAAUUCAGAUAUUAUAACUCGUCGAGAUGCUUUGUUGGCAUACAUGACGAAUGAAAAUGGACAAUAUUUCCGUGUGGGUGGGUCUGGGAGUGUGCAAGGUGUAGCACAAUGCAUACAAGAUUUGAGUUUAGGCGAGUGUCAAGAUUGUCUUUCAGAGGCAAGUGGUCGUUUGAAAUCUGAUUGCGGGGCAUCAGCUUGGGGAGAUAUGUACUUGGGCAAGUGCUAUAUUCGAUAUUCUGAACGUGGUUUCCACUCGAGAAGCGAUGAUGACGAUGGAGACGUGGACAAAACAUUAGCAAUAAUCAUUGGAAUUAUAGCCGGUGUUGCCGUGAUCAUUGUUUUUCUAUCUUUCUUAAGCAGACUUUGUGACCGAAAAGAUGGUAAGUAAACCGUAAAAGGCAACAUUCAUGAACAUAUGCUCUUUAUCUACAACAUUAACUAUUGAAGCUAAGCUAUGAAUGGUGACCUCAAGAUCAAGUUGCUUUCCUUUUCCAUGCAUCUUUUUUUGUAAGAUUCCUUCAAUUCAUGGUGGACUAUAUAUGUGAUAUGUAUAAAAGAUAUAUACACAUUGUAGUAAAGCGAAAGGAGGGCUGAAAUAAGAACAAAGAGAAAAGUCCCCUAUGUAGAAAUUAAAGAUGCCCUAUUUGUCUUUCAUCCUCAUCAUUUUCUAAUAUAUCAAAAAGCAUUUACUUUUUGUA